UCGAGCGAUCGUUGAUCGUUGGUGGGUUCCCCAUAUACCAUAUAUCGAUCUGGCUGUAGUCGUGUCCGAGUGCGCGUGCCAAGUGGAGCUACUAUUUGCUAAUUGCUCCGUUUCUUAGCUGCUGCUAACUUCCUACCCCCAGUCCUCCCAUCUCGAGAGGGUUUCAGUGCUUUUUCAAGAUCACUCACUGCCGCCGCGACUCCAACAUCAUCGCUUCCCCCCACCCCCCUUUUAUAUAUCGCAUUCUCGCUCUCUCUCUCUGUCUCUGUGUAUCUUUCCUUCUUUCUCCCUCGGUGUUCGUGUGAGUCGUAAACAUAACUCAAAGCUCUGGUUUAGUCAGAGGAGAGGGAAAAAAUAAAAAAGGCCUUUUCGGGUACGUCAGCCAGUUGCCGGCUAUACGCGACUCACGUCGGAGGGUCUGGGUCUGGGUCUCUUCCUCAAAAUUCUGUCCCGCGAUACAAUCAAAAACCAUACAAAAAAAUAUGCAACUUUUCGAUGACUUCUGCAAGAGCUUCAACAAGGAACUGCAGCGGGAGAAUUUCUGCUUCGCAUACAAACGCGUGCAUCUGUUCUACCGAUCGCAGUGGCAAAAGGAUGACACGAACGCACUCUACCUGCUCUAUCGAUGGAUAUGGGCGCUGUUCUUUCUGGGCGUCUAUAUCAUGUGCAUUAUCGUGCAGUUCUGCGAUGGAAAGUUCUUCAUUUACAUGACCAACUGGGGAUAUGGUCUGUGCACGAUCACCAUGCUCAUUGCCGCAGUGCAGGUCACCUGCUGGCACUACGAUCUAAGGAACACCCGGAGCCUAGUGCAGGAGUCGGGCAACAAAACGGAAACCACAAGGGGACUGAAGAUCUACUGGUGGCUCUACAAUAUGACACUAUCGCUGGCGCUGAUCAUAUCCACAGUCUACUGGGUCUUCCUGCAUGGCAAAAUGAAUAAACCCAUGCGUUUUCCGGCCAUUAGCGUUAUUACCCAUGGACUGAAUACGGUAAUGAUGCUGAUCGAUUUCCUGGUCGUGGCAUUUCCGCUGAGGCUUCUCCAUGUGGUAUACAGCAUGGCUCUGGCGAUUAUGUUCUUUGUCUUCACCCUCAUCUACCAUUUCUGUGGUGGCACAGAUGAAUUUGGCAAUCCCUAUGUGUAUCCCAUAUUGGAUUGGAACAAUCCCACACGCUGUCUGGUGACAUUUGUGGGCAUCUUUGUGCUGAUCAUGUGCUACUGGCUGCUGCUCUUCGGCGUCUACAAGCUGAAGAGAAUGUUCAAUAGGGCCUUCAGUGUGGUGUGGACACCGCAUGCAGUUGGUCUCAUCUGAGCACAUACAUCUACGAGCACUAAGAGACCUAAGUAUCACCAGCAUUAUACAACCCUCACGUUUAUAUAGCACACUCAUAUACUGUACACAUCUAUGGCGAGCGCCACACUCUUACACAUUAGCAUGCAUUUAUUUAUAUAUAGAUAUAUAUUUGUACAUCUAGUAUUUGAUACAAUAAGUUUUAAUCAUCUGGUUCCUUAAUGUCGAAGCUACAUACACACAUCAUAUAUCAUAUCAUAUCAGAUUAAUUGGUUUAGUUAGGCUAGUGAAUAAGCAAAGAUCUGGUUACUAUAUAUGAAUGACAUACAUUGUAGUUAUAUAGUGUAUACAUAGAUAUGAAAUUUGUUGAAAAUACUCUAUGCAUUUGGUACGAGUAAUAUGAGAAAUUUGAAAUUGUAUAAAGAAAUGGCGAGAAAAUGCAGAUAGCAGAUACAAAAAUAAGCAUAAUAUCGAAAUAAAUAGAAAUCAAAGCUGACAAGAUUUAAGUGAAGAAUAUUUAAGACAAAUUUAACAUUACAAAAUGUCAUAUAAUGAAUUUUAAGCGAUGUACCAAACUUUUAAAUGAUUAAAAGUCUGAAUGGAAUUUAAUUAAAUUAAGUUA